CGGUGUCUGUUUACUUGGCUGUUAUUUCACCUGCUUAAAGUUUAAAGUGUGUGUUCCACAAUGGGCACUGAGGACCCCAAUCAGUUGUACUCUACGGAGUUUGAAGUAUUUGGGCAGGUCCAAGGUUGUUAUUUCACCAAAUACUGCAAAGAGAUAGCGGAGACCAUCGGCAUCGUAGGAUGGGUGAAGAACUCGAAACAAGGCACCAUCGUGGGCAAAAUACAGGGGGUUAAGCCCCUAAUGGAUCAAAUGAUCGAAUGGCUGAGCACCGUGGGCUCGCCCGGCUGCAAAAUACAGAAGUGCGACCUCACAAACAGUCAGCAGCUGGCCCGCCUCGACUACCACGACUUCACCAUUAGGUUUUGAGAGGUGCUAACGAGGCUAAAUUAUUACAGCAGUAAAUUUAAA